ACGAACACGAUAAUCAUAAUAUGCUCUACAGCGGCCAUUUCCGCCGGCCAUUUCCGCCACCACUUGCUCGCCACCUCUCCCAUAUUUAUACUCUCUCACUUGCUUUCAACUACAUUGUUUCUGUGUGUGCUUUCCAACUUAUAUAUAGCUCCUCUUUCUCCGUCCCCACCGCACUACACAUUAUCUCUUCUCUAGUACAAUUCUCUUAUGGAAACCGCCGCCGCCGGCAUGACGACGACCACAACAACAACAACUUUGAUGGAUCGGAAUCACUCUCUCACUAGACGGUCGAACGCCACCACUAAUACCGCAGCGAAGACUGAUUUAAGUUCGAACGGGAACUCAUUCGGUGACGGUGUUUUACCUAAUACUCUUGUUGUUGGGACUGAUUCUCGUCAAAUCUCGAAUCAGACUGAAACGUUGAAGAUCAGAAAGGAUGGUGGCGAGAAGGUGGCGAAUGUAAAUGAUAGCUUCUUUAAUUCUUAUCUCAGGACUUCUGCUCCCACGCAUAUGAGAAUAAGCGAGAGUCCGCUUAGUUCGGACGCAAUUUUCAAUCAGAGUCAUGCAGGUCUCUUCAACCUAUGUAUAACUGUGCUUAUUGCAGUGAACAUCAGACUGAUCAUUGAAAAUUUAAGAAAGAGCUGGGAUUACAAUUGGAAUUGA